GCUCGGUGAGUCCGCAGCAGAGGAAUCUUGGAUCAGUCCGGAGCGUGACGCGCAAUCAUUCCCGCAUUUGGCGCAUGAUUACGCGUCUGUCGUGCAGUUUUGGAGCGUGUGUUCGUCCAUGAGCGAUUCAUCUGCGUCCUAACGCCGUGGUCACCGCUUUCACCCACUGCUGGAGGCUGCAACCCUGCAGGAGACAUAACCUGGCUAUAAACACAGCCGGUGUCUGGUGAGAUGUCAGACAACGCUGGUUGCGAGUUUGAAAUCGACGUGGAGAGCCUGGAGACGGAGAGCGACGACCUGGACUGCUCCAGUCGACCAGGCUCGGUCCCUCGAGGCCCCGAACCCGAAGACGACGGGGACAAGAGCGACGACAAGCCGGCCGCCGGCGGCGUGUGCUCCGGGGACCAGAGGAAACUGAGCCGGACUCCGAAGUGCGCCCGCUGCCGCAACCACGGCGUGGUGUCCUGCCUGAAGGGCCACAAGCGCUUCUGCCGCUGGAGGGACUGCCAGUGCGCAAACUGCCUGCUGGUGGUGGAGCGGCAGCGGGUGAUGGCGGCGCAGGUGGCGCUGAGGAGGCAGCAGGCGACGGAGGAUAAAAAAGGAAUAAGUGGGAAAGCGCUUCCAGCGGAGAGGAGGACGCUGUACCAGCGGCACGUGCGGCCUUCCACCAUGCUGGCCAAGAGCAUCCUCGAAGGGUACCGCCCGGUCCAGUCGGACCCGUUCCUGCCGGCGAACCCGUCCCUCCCGCCGCCUCUGAGCGAUCGGAUGAGGAAGCGACGGGCCUUCGCUGACAAGGAGCUGGAAACCGUCAUGCUGGAGCGAGAGUACAAGGAGCGCGAGCUGAUGGAGAGCAGCCAGGGCGUCAUCUUCCCCAACAGCAUGGUCCAGCACGCGGCCGAGUUCAACUCCUACAAGGCGGCCUACUCGCCCGCGUCGGCGCCGGUCGAGCCUCAGCCCAAAGAGCUGUGCGGCUUCCUGGGGCCCGGCUGCCUGGACCUGUCCAUGCAGUACCCCCCCGGCCCGGCCAACGUCGAGCUCAUCGCCUCCAACGUCAGCGUGGCCACCACCUACCGCCACUACCCGCUGCAGCCGUCGCGCGGCGGCUUCGUGAUGUGGCCGCGCGGCGCGGCCAACCUCGGGGACGCGCUGCUCUACCAGCAGUGCCUGUUCAACGCCACGGCCGUGCAGAACAUGAAGCCGGGCGCGGUGUGGGAGCCCAAGGCCAUGCCGGCCGAGAGCCAGCCCCCGGAGCAGGACGCCGCGGCCGCCGUCGCCUCCAAGCUGGAGGGCUCCCGAGCCGCCGCGCUGCACGACGCGGCGGACCCCCCGCGGGCGGAGCCCAAGGCCGCCGGCCUGGUUCCGGGAGGCCAGAGGGAGUGCUCGGCCUUCUCUCCCCCCAAGAGGAGCUCCGGACAGUGCCAUCCCCACAGCCCCAGCCCGGCUCCGAACCGGCCGGGGAAGGACGGCGCCCAGCUGUCCGUGAAGCUCAACUCCUUCCACUCGCUCAUCCAUCACUCGCUGGGUGAGAAGCACGGCGGCGCCGCGGGGCCGCAGCCCAGGACGCCGUGCUGCAAGGAGCUGCUGGAGGAGGCGGCGCGCAGGCUGCGGGAGGGCUCCGCCAGGGACGCGAGGCUCAGCGACAGGUUCCCCAAGGACCUCCUGUUCACGCCCGUGGGCAGCAAGGUGGCGUCCAGCGAGUCCCUGUCCUUCUCCGUGGAAGCCAUCCUGAAGAGGCCCACGCCGGCCGUGAGCCGAGCUUUGCACUGACCCCCCCCCCCACGCACCGAACAGCACGUGUCUCCGUCAGGAGACGUCUCACGUUGUGGCUUUGGGCUCAGACUAAACCUCAAACACAGGCACUGCAUCAGAAAACAGACACAAAUUAUGUUGUACAAUGUAAUAUUUAUGUACAGUUCCUAAUAUUUUACGUGUGCAUGUUCAAUAACUUUAUUGAGUAUUUAAACACUGUCCCAACGAUGUUCUCAUGUCAAUAAAAUAUAAAACACUGAA